AUGAUUGAGUUGGAUGCAGUAACAGUUAAUCCAUCUUUGUGUCCUACGAACAAGAUUGCUCCUCACAGACGUCAGGUCACUUGGGAUGAGAAACCUCGAACCUUUGGGGUGAUACACCACCUAUUUCGGCCUGGUAGACCACCAUAUAUGGACCCUCUAGAUGAUUUGCAAGAACAACCCCAAGAAGACGAUCCAGAUGAUUGUGGAGAAAUAGAAGAUUACGAUGAAACAGACCUUAGUUCUCUGACUCCAACUGGCCAAAGAAGAAAAUCAGAUAAGGAUGAUCGUUAUUUCAUAAAUAACGACUACGUGAAUACAUAUCACCAUGGGGCCAACAGACCGCCUUCUAGGCCACAUCGACCUCCAAGACCCACACGACCUCCAUACAACUUUGAGGGCAAUUAUGGGCCCAAUGGGUACAGACCACCUUAUUAUCCAGGAGGCUAUGUUAAACCAGUAAAAGAGGAUACAAUAGACCAUCCUCAAGCAGCUUAUCACCUUGGUCUCAUCGGUGGAGCUCUAGGCCACGUUGUAGGAUACCCCCCGGUCCGGCCUACUACAGAAGCGUCGCAGCUAAGAAAACCUAAUUCCGCAUUUCGGUUUCCAGAAAAUUAUGCUCACACGAACAGACAUCCAAAGAAAUCUCAACAACAACAACCAAACAGAUCUACAAGUAUUUUCGGAUCGUUUAUAGAUUUGUUGUUCAAAUAA